UCGUCUCUAUUGCUUUAACUCCGUUGCCAGAUGAAAUGACAUUCUUUUGGGCUAUUUGAACGGUAUGACUGCAUGUAACUUUAAGUGUGUAUUUUGUUUUUCUUCCAUGAUUAUACAAAGAGUGGAGAUGAAGACGAAAGCCAACAGCUCCAAUAUGCAGUUGCUGCUUUUUGUUUUCUUGGCGUGGGACCCAGCCAGGUUGGUGCUGGCUAACAUCCAAGAAGAUGAGGCUAAAAAUAACAUCACCAUCUUUACAAGAAUUCUGGACAGACUUCUGGACGGUUACGAUAAUCGGCUUAGACCGGGACUGGGAGACAGUAUUACUGAAGUCUUCACUAACAUCUAUGUGACCAGUUUUGGCCCUGUCUCAGAUACAGACAUGGAAUAUACAAUAGAUGUUUUCUUUCGACAAAAAUGGAAAGAUGAGCGAUUAAAAUUUAAAGGUCCUAUGAACAUCCUACGACUCAACAAUUUAAUGGCCAGCAAAAUCUGGACUCCGGACACCUUUUUCCACAACGGUAAGAAGUCGGUGGCGCACAAUAUGACAAUGCCAAAUAAGCUGCUGCGAAUCCAGGAUGACGGCACCCUGCUGUACACGAUGAGGCUUACAGUUCAAGCUGAAUGUCCAAUGCACUUGGAGGAUUUUCCAAUGGAUGCCCACUCAUGUCCUCUGAAAUUUGGCAGCUAUGCAUAUACAACCUCAGAGGUUACUUACAUUUGGACAUACAAUGCGUCUGAUUCUGUACAAGUUGCUCCUGAUGGCUCUAGGUUAAAUCAAUAUGAUCUGCUGGGCCAAUCAAUUGGGAAGGAGACAAUUAAAUCUAGUACAGGUGAAUAUACUGUAAUGACAGCUCAUUUCCACUUGAAAAGAAAAAUUGGGUAUUUUGUGAUUCAGACAUAUCUGCCUUGCAUCAUGACGGUCAUUCUCUCCCAAGUGUCGUUCUGGCUUAACAGAGAAUCUGUGCCCGCAAGAACAGUGUUUGGAGUAACAACUGUUCUAACAAUGACGACUCUGAGCAUCAGUGCGCGGAAUUCUCUCCCCAAAGUGGCUUAUGCGACUGCCAUGGACUGGUUUAUUGCUGUUUGCUACGCCUUUGUGUUCUCUGCCCUCAUUGAAUUUGCCACUGUUAAUUACUUCACCAAAAGAGGAUGGGCUUGGGAUGGAAAGAGUGUCGUCAACGACAAGAAGAAAGAAAAGGCUUCUGUGAUGAUACAGAACAACGCUUACGCAGUGGCUGUUGCCAAUUACGCCCCGAAUCUUUCCAAAGACCCAGUUCUCUCCACCAUCUCCAAGAGCGCAACCACGCCAGAACCCAGCAAGAAGCCGGAAAACAAACCAGCUGAAGCCAAGAAGACUUUCAAUAGCGUUAGCAAAAUUGACAGAAUGUCUAGAAUAGUUUUCCCAGUUCUGUUUGGUACAUUUAAUUUAGUUUACUGGGCCACAUAUUUAAACAGAGAACCUGUAUUAGGGGUCAGUCCUUGAUUCUAGGCACAGGUUGUCUUUGAGAUGUAUAGCGACAUUACACUUGGUUUGUUUUGCCAUGUACAGUCUGACUAAUAACUGCUAAUUUGUGAACCAACAUGUACAGUAUGUAUAUAGCAUCACAGCUUAUAGACCUCUAAUGGAGACACGCAUUUGCUAACCAAUGGCAGAAGGCUCCCCAGGCCCAAUGAGCCAUUGCCUUUUUAAAAGAUUUACCCUCAGAAUUGGUCUAAAGUAGAUUUCAGGUGAUCUGAUUUAUUUUCUCUUAUUCUAACAGCAAUGAAAAUGGAGAUCUUACACAACCCUUUAUGGACCCUUUUGAUUUAGGUCUGACAUAGUAGUAUUUUCUACUCUUACCUAACUAUAAAGUAAAAUAACAUUGUCUUAGAACCUCCUAUCUUUCCUUCUUGAGUGCUCAGAAUCCCUGCUAAUAUAAUUGGAAGCUUAGCACACAUCUGAAGAAAAACUAGAGAUUUGAAAUCAGCUUUUAAUUACUCUGUUUAGUAUCUAUAGCCAUGUACAUACUACGGCAUGACAAAUUCAAAUGAUUAUGAAUCACCCUGACAAGAUGUUCGGUAUGCCUAGGAUUUAAUAACUGUUGGAAUGCCAUGGUCAUCACAUGUUUCACAUCAGAGUUUAUUUGAAAGUAAUAAUUGAAAUCCUCCAGAUUAUUUUAAUCAUUGGAAACUACCUUAAAUUAAAAAAAAAAGAUGAUAAAUAGGUCUUAGUAUUUCCAGGUAUGUGUUGUAUUGAAAUUGAUCAGCUAAAUUUUCUUGGUGCUGGAAACUGGAAAAGACAUCCAGUUUGGCUGCUGUGGAGCAACAUUCAUAUUGGAUUAGAAAACUGUGCCAAAAACUCCCAUCAAUGAGAAUUCAUAGGUGUCACGGAGUAAAUAUGAGCACUUAGAUGAUUCUCUCCUUUCUUGUUUACUGCAAAUUCUGCCUUAAGGCUUCUUUUCAUCAGGACUCAGAAGCCAACUAAUUACAGAGAACAGGGCAGUUAAUUGGCACAUUUUUCUGUCUUGAAAGCAGCUCUUUCAGAUAAGAAUUAAUGUAAAUUCUGCUUUUGUAAAUUGCAACUUUAAAUUUCUCUGACUCAAAUUUGCAGCUUUGUAUAUGAGAAGAGGUUUUGGUAAGAGUUGAACAUUUUUAAACUGAAACUUUAAAGCAUCACCAACAGAUUGUGGAUUAGUUCACAUGCACAAACAAAAUACACACACCCACAAUUAGCUCAAUUAGGGUAUGUACACAAAUAUUUAGCUAAAUUAGAAACCACGGUUUUCAAUUUUAUAUAAUUACUAAUUAUUAAUGAGCAAAAUUCAUUUUCCUUUUAGAAUUUAAAAUACUCUUUAUGCCCCUGAAAUAUGUUACAGAAGUUAUUAAUUGUGUCUCAUGUUAUUAGACUCAACAUUUUUGGUAAACUUAAAAUCCUUUAAACUCACAUAUACAUUAGCAGUUAUUAGUUGACUUUUACUAAUAGAUACACCUUUAUGAUGGUGUUUUUGUAGAGACAUAAGUAGUCAAAUAGUGGCAUUUCUUGCAGUUUUGUACAGUAUUUCAGUAUAGUGCAUAAAUAAGUAUGUUCAUAAAAUCAAUAAAAGAAGUUAUCUUAUGGAAGCAAGCAAAAUCACAGCAAAAACUGCUAUUCUUUUGCAUCGUUUAUAGUUUUUAUUUUUUUCAUUUUUUUUUUGUUUCAGUGUGAUUCUGUUAUGUGCUUUGCAUGGUUGUAUUAAUACCAAGGUCACAAAUGCAUCUUAUUAACAGAAUUUGCCGUGAAGACAGCCUUGACAUUAAAAAUUCCCUCACAAAAGGUAAUCCAUAAUCUUUAAUAAAAUAAACUUGUUACAUGAGCCAAUAAAUGUAUUGUUUAAUUCCCUUCCAAAGCACUUUUUCGUCAUCUAAAUAGUUUUUAAAAGUGCACCUUAUUCAUAUACUGCAAUGGAAUAUAUCCUGUUUUCUUACACAUUUAAAUAUAUCAUAGCUCUUCCAGGUGGUUUAGGGAAGGGUGCAGUAGUCUAAGACAGUACACAAUGCUUGAAGGCAAGCAAUAAAGAUGCUUUGUAUGGUAUGUAUUGUUAAGCAUUUUAAAAUAUUAUAAGUUCUGCAUUUCCCCCUUAAUGUGUGACUAUACAUCAUAAAUUUAUAAAUAUGUACAUAUGUAAAAAUAUUUGUAAAUAGCAGUUUCUGUAGGACAACAGAAAAAAACUCAUCUAUACCUUUGCAAAAGGCUGCUCCUACAUUGAUGGUACCUGUUUAUUAAAAUUUAUGGUAGAUUGACCAGAAAAGUUAUCAUUACUGUUAUUUUUACUUUUAGUUUCAAUUGUUAAAAUCUUAUUUGAACCUGAUAACAUCUUGACAGUUGAGAUAGUCCAGUAAUGUGGAUCGGGGUUUUCUAUUUUCUUUAACUUUUUUUUUUUUAAACACACUUCCUAGCCUUUUAAAGUUUAGAUAAAUUGAAGAAGUUUUAGUCUUGCUGGAGCGAGGGAGGAUUCUCCAUGGUAAAGGACUUUAAAUUAUAGAACAAGAGUCUUUACAAUUAUUCUCCCUUCCAUAAAUCCUUUUAAAAACACAAAAUAAAAGUGACAUGGAUUUAUUAAAAAUAAGAUUAAUAACUUCAGAAAACAUUUUUAAUAAAAUAACAAUAGUCUUUUUGGCCCAUAAUAUCAUGAUUAUUUUAUGCAGUUGUAUAUUGACAUAAAGAGUUAUGGUAUGUACAAAAUGUAGAUAAAUACAUGUACAUAUAUGGAGAUAUAAUCUCAUUAUUGUAUAGUAACUGCCCUGAUUAAACUAACAUAAUAUUUGUUCAACAAAUAUCUUUUACCUCCUACUGUUUUCCAUGCCAUGGGGAUGUGUUAAUACCACUCAUUUCAUGUCCACAGAAUUUAGUUGAAAAUCAAAGUGCAUCUCAUUCUUGUAAAGACUUUAAAUCAAAGACCAAAUAUAAUAUAUAAGUUAAUUCAUCACUGAGAAUUGAUUAAUGAGUUAUGAGAUCAUGAGUGUGCUAAGAUAGUGGCUGUUUUGCUAUUUUCUUCUGUUUAUGUUUAUAUUUGUUUGACUAGAAAAUGGAACUCAUACAAAACCAUUGAAUAAUUUUUUUAAACUUCAGUGAUUUUUAAAGUGCCAGUCUUAAUGUUUAGCAAUCUUUUCAGGGAUCUAUUUCGAAUUUAUCUCAGGUUUGGAUAAGUGAUCCCCUAGAGCCACAUUUCCAAUUUUUUUUGAAGUAGUUCAUUGUUUAUUUUAAAAGAGCACAAAAGCUAUCAUUUCACUUAUAUUUUUUUGGUAUAUAUACAUAUAUAUAAAGUUUUCAUGAUAUGGCUCUUUUCAUAUUGCUGGUUGAAGGAACUCAACUCUGCCAUGAUGUCAUAGAUCCUAGAAGGGCCCCAAAACCAUGUGGAGUCUGUUGAUGUUGUACUUUGACAUGGCCUGUCAUCAUCCCAAUGUGAGAGUAAGGGAAGUAGGUCAGGUCCACCUUCUGCAAAGUCAUGGUUCUUCAGCAUCUAUCAAAAAUUUUAUUUUCCAAAUGCUUCAUACUUAUUACACUCAGACAGUGCCUGUGAAAUACCAAAAUAUUGAUGACUCAUUUGAAAUUUGGGACCUUAUUAAUAGCUUUAUUAUAUUGGUUUUCCUGUUAUUAGUCUUCUGGCAUUCCUAUAUCCAUCUGCAUAUUUUUGAAGCAAUUCUCAGAUUUUUUUUUUGCCUAUAGAAAGAAUCAAUUUCAAAUUAUGAGUUGAUCAAUUGCUACCCUGUAAUGCACUUAUUUUCCUCUUAAUUUAGGUCUCUGGCAACCUUGGGUUUACCUCUUCUUAAUCCAACGUAUCCAGAAGCAUAAAAUUAAAACUGGGAAGGGGUGUGGAUAUUUUUUAACACUUGCAUACUUAGAGACCAGAGACACUGUAUCAAAAUCACUCAUAAUAGUACGGAUAAGACAAAUAAUGAUAUUUUUCUCUAUUGAAUUCAUGCUUUAAAAAUGAAAUUCAAUAUUUAAUAAAACUCUUAAUAUCCAUAAUCUUGCAUUUUCAACAUUUAUAUGAAAGAUACUAAUCUUUUUCAUUAAUAUUUAUACACUCAUAUUUUCAUCAAAUUCAAAAAAUAUUUUAAGACCUCAAAAAAAGGGAAAAAAAUUCAAAGAGAAAAACCCACUUGAAAAAUGUUUAUUGCCAGUUAAAGCUAAUGAGGCACUUUCCCUUUUUAAGUCCUAAGAAAGGUUAGAAAUUAUACAUACAUAAGUAUAUACAGAGAUAUUUAACAAUCAUGAGUCUAUCAAGGUAAGCAUCAUGAUUAAAGUACUAAGAUAGAUUAAGUUCAUGUCAAAGGCAUUUUGGAAAGGUAAUUAAAAUCUAUUUCUUAUAAGUUUAUAUCACUUUCUCAAAAAUUCUUAAUUAUCCAACAUGUUUAGAUCACAGUUUUCAACCUUAUUUAGGUCAAAUAUUCUAUUUUGCCAGUUUAUAUAAAGAACUUUUUUUAAUACUUAUAAUAUAUUCCUCACUUCAAAUCACUUUCUCUAUGAUGAAGUUAAUACAUAAAUUAAGAUUACCAGUAGGAAAUGCCAAGGAAUAAGUUUAGGUGUCAGUUUAUAGUAAUACUCUCAAAGAACCUUUAAAAAGGCCUUAGCUUUGAUUAGAAAUAGGGGUGUGUGUGUGUGUGUGUGUGUGUGUGUGUGUGUGUAUUUUCCAAGUAUAAAAGAAUAUUUUGAGAAAUUUAAACAAAUUUAUGAAAUAGAAACAAUUUCUUUUAUAAUGAAUGUACUUCCAAAUGUAGCUCUUUUUAAACUGGUAAUUAAUUUAGCCAAUAGAAUAGUUUUUUUUUCAAUAGAUCCAACAAACUUAUUCACUGGAAUUUAGUCUUGAGCCCCACAUAGUUAGAAAUAUCCUUUCUACAAAGGUGUAAACAUUUUUCUGAUGUAUUUUUGGUUGACUCUUUUGAGCCAUUAAAUUUAAAAUAGUAUAACAAUUGUGCUUGUAAGAUAAGAUAAAAAAUCUUUGAAUUUCAAGUUUCUCAAUGAGAGUUUGUUAAAGCCUCUAUUAUAUUUAAUAUCCUGUUGAUCAUUUGCAAAUAGCAAGUCCUCUAUAUAUGUGAUUGAUUAGUUCUAUACCUUUUUUGAAUUGUAAAGCAACUAAGAAUCCAUUUUUUGUGAAAGUAGCUAUUCCCUAACAUUGGUUGCAAUUUAGUUUCUGGGAAUAUAUUACAUUUUUCUUUUUUGGUCUAUAGGUGUAAUAAUGUAUAAAAAAAAGAUUGAAGUUGAUUAAGCACACAAAAUACUAAGCACUUCCCUCUUUAUUUUUCUCAUUUCUUAAAAAAAAUGACAGUUAUUUUAGGGGUUGGAGAGACUUUAUUUGCUAUAUUAUUGGCUCUAUGAUAUUCAAAGUCAUUGAACUUCAAGGAUUAUUUAUUGAUUUCAUCAGUUUGUUGCAAAUUACUUUUUAUAGAAAGAAGUCUAAUCUGACACCAUAUAAAUGUUGAUGUUGGCACUGUGUUAAAUUAGCUUAGUUGGUAUAAAAGAAUGUUUUUAAUGCUUUGUUUAUAAGACUUACUUUACCACAACAUGCUGUCAAAGCAGGCUUAUAUUAUUAGAUAAAUAAGUGUAACUCCAACAAAAUUUAUUUGUGAAAACAAAUGGUAUUAAGAAAGCAAAACAAAGGUGUUAGACACAGAAUUACUUUAGAGAUCAUGACUUAAAGAUUUGUCCCCAGUUAUUUAUUUUUAAAUACUCAACACAGUAGUUGAAGCAGUUGGCUGUGUUUUAAACCUAGCAUAAAUGUGAAGAAGUUUAAUGUAUGAUUGGAAAGACCUAAAUGAAACUGAACUUUGAAUUAUAAUUUUCAUGAAUUAAACAUUACCAUCCAUGGAUAAGUGCUUGAUUGUAGAUCUUGGACACCUGCUCCACAAUUGAUUCCAAGUUUAUUGGUAUCUAAUUUUUUAAAGAUUCUUUUGAGCAGAUAAAAAUUCAGGUUUUAGGGUGCUCCAAAUAGGAUUGUGACCUUUCAUGAAAUAUUCCCAUUAGAGGUCACAGGCAUGGAAACAAGAAAGCUUCAUAUUUGUUGCUGAAUCAGAAAAGUAAAAAACAAAAUGGAAAGGAAUGAUUUCCUCUUGCUACAUAUUAAUAAUACAACUACAUGCAUAGAGAAUGCAUGACAAGUUUCCACCACUAAACUUUGAGCAUUCAUUAAUCUGAGAUUUUAAGGUGACAAUAUGCUUGUAUGGUAGGUUUUCUAGUUUGAAAAAAUCAUUCUAGAGCUAAUAAUAUUUGUAAUUUGUGACCUUGCUGUAACUGGGAAAAGUCACUAUUUUUUGUAUGUAAAAUAAUUUGACCUUUAUUGAAUGUGUCAGUAUGCUUGCUGUUUAAAAAUUCCUAAUUGAUCACAUGCAGAUUAAUGCUAAACAUUAUCUUUUUUGUACUUAUUAAAAUUAAUUUACGUAUAUUUGAUCUGAAAAUUGUGGGUUUUUUUGUACUCUAAUCAUUCAUUGCAUGUUUGCUUACAAGAAUUGAAUUUACUGUAAAUGUGACUUUUUAUAUUGGGAUAGAACACUAAUAUUUUGUAGUAGUAAUUUUAAAUGUUAUCAGUUUCUUAACCUUCUUUUUAAAAUAAAAAGGUCAUAGGGUGAGAGGAAAACUCCAAAUCUCCUUUGAAAUUUUAGGGGGGAGGAUCACGAAUAGUUAACAUUGAUCUGUUUAACACUUUAAGAAAGUGGUGCUAUGGAAAACAUAAAAGUUCACCCAGAUAAUUAGCUCCCUUCUAUCAUAAAAUGUGUCACAUUUACAUGAAACUUAAAUAAAAUAAAUGAUUUUCUUUUAUUUA